AUGGUCUAUACUGUAUCUGGACAAAUAAAAGGGAUCGAAUCAAGAACAUCCGAGGACAUAUUGAAAGAAAUUGACAUUUGCAUUAAUGAUAUUAAAAUUGAUGAAAAAAAAGAGUUAGGCAGUGGAUCUUUUGGUAGUGUAUAUCGUGCAGAAUGGACAGACCGGAAUCUUGUCGUCGCAGUAAAAUGUUUGGAUCAUAAAAUUUUAAGGUCAAGAUAUGAAGAAUUCAGAAAUAUGAAAGAGUUUAUUGAUGAGCUUCUUCACGAGGUUAAAAUGAAUCGAAGAGCAGGCCUACAUAAUAAUAUAACAACGUUUUAUGGAAUUUCAAAAGAAUCGCAAGAUAAAUAUUAUCUUGUAUUCGAAUAUGCGCAAGGAGGAAAUCUAAGACACUAUUUACGCAAUAAUUUUUCGAUGCUUAAUUGGCUGAUGAAAAUAAAUAUAGCCAAGCAAAUUGCCAACGGACUUUCUCACCUUCAUAGUCAUGGCAUAAUUCAUAAGGAUUUACAUUCUAAAAAUAUAUUGGUUAACGGGGGUCAAAUUCAAAUUUCUGACUUCGGUUUGUCGAAAUUUGAAUCUUCAAAUUCAAUUUCUCGUACACCAGGAACUCAUUUUUAUACUGAUAUGACAUAUAUCGAUAAUGAGAGACCAGAUAUCAAUAAAAUAUGUGAUGAUCUCAAUAACGUCAAAAUGAGGCCGGUAUAUUAUGUACCAUCUAUACCCAUCAUUACAAAGCUAUCCGAACUUAGCGAUGAGCCAUUAGAUUCAUACGGCUCAGGAGGUAUUGUUGACUUUCACGACUUCUAA